UGGGCCUGACCCAGGCCCAUUAUAACGAUUUGUAUUCGUCUCUUUCCCUUAUCCCCGUAGUGAUACUUUGUCUGAGUGAGUGAGUUUGAAAUCAAUCAUCAAUGGCUGCUUUUGCUUCUGGUUUGGCUAUAAUCUUCAACUCUCCUUCACUAAACCCUGUCACAACUCAAGCGACCUUCCUUUCUUCGAAUCGGAUUCGUUCCUCUCCUCGCGUUUUCAGUGGAUUUCACAGCCUCCGACGUCGCGGCUUCCGGCGAUUCUCUCAAAAUGUUAUCCCCGACCGGUUUAAUAGCUUCUCAUGUAAUUGCUUAUCCGCCGUAUCCACCAGCACUAUCGAUUACGAGUUCACGGAUGGUGGCAAAGAGGUGGAAUUAAGAUUGAGGUUAAAGACAGGUGAGAUACUUUCUCCAAAGGAUAUAUCUGUUGACGCAGAUGGAACAUCGUUAGCCGUUAAAGAAAAGCGGAAUGGAUUGCUGAUUACACUUCUAGAGACUAACCAUCUCUUUGAGAAGAUUAUGCCCUCUGAAACAAUAUGGUACAUAGACGAAGAUCAGUUGGUUGUGAAUAUGAAGAAGGUGGAUGGGGAAUUGAAGUGGCCUGAUAUUGUCGAGUCCUGGGAGUCUUUGACUGCAGGAAUGAUGCAACUUCUUAAAGGUGCAUCAAUCUACAUUGUUGGAGAUUCAACUGAAAUCAACCAAAAAGUGUCUCGAGAGCUAGCCGUUGGCCUUGGGUACAGUCCUUUAGAUUCAAAGGAAUUGCUGGAAAGCUUUUCCAAGCAAACAAUCGAUUCUUGGAUUCUUGCAGAAGGGCCGGAUUCUGUAGCUGAAGCAGAGAGUUCGGUAUUGGAAAGCUUGAGCAGCCAUGUGCGUACUGUUGUCUCAACUUUGGGAGGUAAACAUGGAGCUGCGGGGAGAGCUGAUCAGUGGAGACAUCUUUACUCCGGAUUUACCGUUUGGGUAUCACAGACUGAAGCCACAGAUGAAGAGUCAGCUAAAGAAGAAGCGAGGAGAAGUAAGCAAGAGAGGGAGAUUGGGUAUUCAAACGCCGACGUUGUGGUGAAGCUCCAAGGUUGGGACCCGACGCAUGCAAAGAGCGUGGCUCAGGCUUCCUUGAGUGCACUUAAGCAACUGAUCAUCUCAGACAAGGGACUUCCAGGUAAGAAGAGUUUGUACAUACGCUUGGGAUGCCGUGGCGAUUGGCCCAAUAUAAAACCGCCGGGAUGGGAUCCAUCGUCUGACACUGGACCUCAUCCACAGUUUACAUAAACAGUGUCAAGACAUGCUUUUUGCUCUCUCCUACAAACGAAUGCUCUUGAAGAAAUUUUCUGUUAUUGUUGUCAUUGUCAAUGGUAUUUAAUUGUUAAAGAAGUUGUAUAUUGGAUAAUUUGAGAAUUGACUACCAAUCUGAGUUUUAAAUGGCACAAAGCGCACCAUGGCUCAGAGAGUCCUUUAGUGCGCUAUGUGCCAUGGCUCACCAAAGCGCGCGCUUUUUAGAUCUGUGGUGUUCUAUUAACAGAUUCUCUGCAUAUGGUUUUAGCCUUCAAGCUUAUAUCGUCUAUGGUGUUCUAUUUAGAAAAAUUAGGGAUUUUACAUCUUCUAACUGGUUAAAAUGUCGUGGGUUAAGAGGUAAGGGUCAAAUCCGUUUUAGUUUAAGAUAAACCUAGGAUUGAUUUGGUUUGAUAAGCUAAUUAUAACUCAUGGUUAAACUUUCUAGUCGUGGAUUAGGUAUUGACCAGCUAAAUUGAAUCAUGUAUUAACCAGCUAGGUUUAGAAAAUGGUUUAUCCUAUUCCUCCUAGUCAUUUCUUCGUGCAAACCCUAAAAUCACAGAAUUCUGUUGUUGGUUUCGAAGAGUUUUCGCCUGAACACAAGAGGCGAUCGCUUUGCCACCUUGUGCAUCGGCCAAGGCUCACGUAUGGCGUGCGCAUUAUAGAUGUCGCCUCGCCUCCACGUCUUGUUGCCCUAUUCUUAGAGCAUCGGUGCGCUAUGCGCCAUGGCACGCCAUUAGCGCGCUUUUUAAAACUAAG